AUUCCUCCACGCGACGGCGACUGCAUUCAAUGGCCGAGAACGGACAAGUCCUCCUCCCGAACGUCGGCAUUGGCCACGCGAGCAUCGAAGACCUGGCCAAGUUGGUCAAGGCGAAGCGGGAAUUGGCGCAAGAAAAGGUCAUCUCUCACCAAAAGGUCAAGCUCCUCCGUGAAGAAAUCGCCGAGUGCUACAUGAAGAACGGCGUAAACCACUUUGUUGCGUGCAAGGCCCUCCGCGAGCAAUACUCGGCGUUGGUCAAAGAUCCUUGGCUUUCCAUGAAGCCCAUUCGAUUCGAAGGGCAAGAUGACGAAUAGUGGAGAACAACGACGGCGGCGGUCGACUCGUGCGCUGCCUUGGAUUUGCAUUGCUCAUUCGCGACUGCAUCGAGCAAUCUAGUAUAGAGCAAGCAAGCAAACGGUGUCGCGAAGAAGCGUACUCAAUGACCACGUGUGAUUAAAAAUAUAAUGUCUACCUCCUUGACGCACA